UCCGGGGAGACCGGAUAUAGUGAAUGUAGGGCCCGGGGAGAGUGGAUAUAGUGAAUGCAGGGUCCGGGGAGACCGGAUAUAGUGAAUGCAGGGUUCGGGGAGACCGGAUAUAGUGAAUGCGGGGUCCGGGGAGACCAGAUAUAGUGAAUGCAGGGUCCGGGGAGACCGGAUAUAGUGAAUGCAGGGUCCAGGGAGAGCGGAUAUAGUGAAUGCAGGGUCCGGGGAGAGCGGAUAUAGUGAAUGCAGGGUCCAGGGAGAGCGGAUAUAGUGAAUGCAGGGGUCCAGGGAGAGCGGAUAUAGUGAAUGCAGGGUCCGGGGAGACCGGAUAUAGUGAAUGCAGGGUCCAGGGAGAGCGGAUAUAGUGAAUGCA